AUGAUAUCAGAGAUGGAGAAGUCAGGUUGGAGUGUGGGAACUGGGAAAGUCAGGAUAGUUAAUUUUCAUGCUAAACUAAAUGAUGGUGAUAUCAGUGGAAUCAGUGACAUGUUCACUCAAUUCAAUAUGGAACAGUUGGACAAAGUGAAUACAGAUGUUACUGAAAAAUUGUACAUUAAUUAUCGUGUUAAAACAGAACAAGCUGGUCAAUCAGAAAUGGAGGCAUGCACACAUUCCCUUUCAAUGAGUAAUAAUAUUGACGAGUUUUCGUCUCACUUUGAAAAGGAUUUAAUCAAUUACUUAAGCAGUGAUAAUCUCAUCCAACAGGGGAAUACGUCUUCUGUCUAUCACUUCAUAUUGUUACCUUUGGUCGGUAAUGAUUUUCUAUUCAAUGGGAAGGAGUUUAAUGGCUACUCUGAGAUGCAACCAUUUUCGGUGAUUCGAAGCUCAAUUAACUUGAAUCUAAUCUACGUGUUUAUUCCAUCCACAAUGUUGUUGUCGUCGAGUGAGAAGAAUAAUGCAGAGACGACAAAAUUAGUAACACUGCAUAUUAAAUAUUUAUUGGAUGGUGUUUUGAUACAAGCAAAUCAUCUGAAAAGACUUGCACGGAAACAUGAGAGUCUUCGAAGUUUUCCGCCCACACAAACGACCGAAAAGAGCUCUAAAACAAUAAACGAAGCGUUGUCUGUGUCUACUGUGUACGAUGUCACUGUCACGAUACUGACACUCGGUGAGUCUCAGUUGCCAGUGAAGUCUAAAUCCAAUGAAUUAUCAGUUUGGUUUGACGAAAUGCUAACAAAUCCAAUCCCUUGGUUGAAAGCAAAUGUAGGCUCAGCUUUCAAAUCAUGGUUGCCCUACAUCCGAGUAGAUUUCUAUUCACAGAGACUGUAUGCAGAUAAUGCUGAACUAUUGAAGAAAAGGUGAGUUUUUCAGCUGACCAGUAUGAGACGUGUUGCUGGGUUAGUUAAGUACAUCUGGAAUAAGUGUUAUAUUUUGUUAUGCUCUGAAGUCCCCGUAGCGAAAGGGGUGAGAGUAUCUCCUGCUGGGUGGGUUUGCUAGUCCCACAUCCAUCUCUUAUCUGGGUUUGGAACUGUGAGAUGGUGAACUGGUUUAAAUCAAACCACUCACUCUUAAUGUUUAUGGCCUAGCUACACUCCGUAUAGUGUCAACUGAAAUCUCAUUCUUCAUCUUACUUCCUUAUGGAAGACGUGAUAUGCAUAGUUUAUGAUUAAAACGCCUUCGACAUCGUCGACCGUGAAGUAAUUUGGAAACUACUACGAGACUAUGAAGUGGACCGAAUCUUUAUCAACCACUGUUCAACUGCUAUAUGAAAGUGCCAAGUGUCAAGUGAUUCACAAGGGAACACUCACCGAUGCCUUUGAUGUAAAUACUCUCACUGAUGAUAUUCCUGGUUGUGGUGGACUGGGUCAUACGGCCUACUGUGCGUGGGGAGUGAAAAGGCAGAUAAGGAGACUCUGGAAGAUCUGGACAUUGUGGACGAUUUGUAUGUAAUGAAUUCACAUGAAUUCGGGGACUUACUGGCGAAAACCAACAAGUAGGCAGAAGAACGAGCAUAGACGGGACUUCAAGUGAACACAGAGAAGACAGAGGUGAUGAAGAUAACCAACCAUGAACAACAACAACAACAAGCACGAAUCACUAUCGACGGAAGAAAUUUGAAGGCGGUCACUUCCUUCGCGUGUCCAGGAAGCAUCGAUUCAA